AUGGUCAAGAAGAGAGCUUCCAACGGCCGCAACAAGAAGGGCCGCGGCCACGUCAAGCCCAUCCGCUGCUCCAACUGCUCGCGCUGCACCCCCAAGGACAAGGCGAUCAAGAGAUUCACCAUCCGCAACAUGGUCGAGUCCGCCGCCAUCCGUGAUAUCUCGGAUGCCUCUGUCUUCCCUGAGUACACCGUCCCCAAGAUGUACCUCAAGCUCCAGUACUGCGUCUCGUGCGCUAUCCACGGCAAGAUCGUCCGUGUCCGCUCCCGUGAGGGUCGCCGCAACCGUGCCCCCCCGCCCAGGAUCAGGUACAACAAGGACGGCAAGAAGAUCACUCCCCAGCAGACCGCCAAGGCCAACUAG